AGCCAAACCGAAUUUACCUUUAACAGUCACUCCCUCCACUCCCUUCCCUCUCCUUUUCCUCUUAAAUAAAAUGUCUCCGCAUGAACCAGAAGAAGAAAAAAUACAGUUCUCUCUCUCUCUCUCUCUCUCUCUCUCUCUCUCUCUGUGUUUUCUUGAAGUUCUGGAGCUUGCAUUCGUGAUGGAGUGAAAUUCCACUGGAGGUCUACAUACUCAAAUCAUUAAUGUCAAAUUCAAAGCGCAUUUGUAAUUCUUGAAAGUGGUAUUUUCAAUUCUGGCUUUGGCAAAAAUUUCUCCAGAAACUAGAAAAAGGAGAUGAAUACCAGAGUCCGGACGACUUCGCAAUCCAUGAAAGCUCGGAAGCUCGAAAAAGAGAAGUUGGGAAUACAGGGGAGCAAACCAAUGGAUGCUGCGAAAGCGAGCACAAGUCGAAGGGGCUCAAUUAGAGAGAGAAAAAUGGCGUUACAACAAGAUGUUGAUAAGCUAAAGAAGAAGCUUAGACACGAAGAGAAUGUUCAUAAAGCAUUGGAGAGGGCUUUCACAAGACCUUUGGGCGCUCUACCUCGUCUUCCCCCUUAUCUCCCUCCUUGUACACUGGAGCUUCUUGCGGAAGUCGCUGUUUUGGAAGAGGAGGUUUCAAGGCUUGAAGAACAAGUUGUGCAUUUCAGACAAGGCCUUUAUCAGGAAGCUGUCUACAUUUCUUCUUCAAAGCGGAAUAUGGAAAGUUCAGCUGAUUUACAUGAGCCAUACCCAGUUAAGAACUCAAAACAGAAGCAAUCCAAAAUUUCAGUUCAAACCGAAAGCAGUUCAGUAACACCUAUGUUGAGGCAUUUACCUUCUCUUCCUGAUGAUGGACGAGGGAAAGAGAAUCAGCCGUGUACGAAUCCUACAAAGCACAAACGAUCACCAAGUUUGAGAGUACAGACAGUCCACACUCCAGUAAAGAGACAUUCCACCGAGUAUAGACAACCAGAGAUGCACUUCGAUCCCAAAAAGUUAGAGCUAGAAUGCAAAGAUAAGAACCAUGAAAAUGCACAAGCAACGACUCCAGUUAUUUGCAAUGAAAGUUUAUAUGGAGAGGAAUGUCCAAACAGAAUUUCUGAAACAAUUUUGAAGUGCUUAUCAAGCAUCUUCUUAAGAAUGAGCUCGUCAAAGACUAGAGCCACAACAGACACAUUGACUUCAUGUGAAAGCUUUGAUGCGAGAGUGUUUAAGGACCCCUAUGGUAUCUGUUCAGAAUUUGGCAAGAGAGAUGUUGGUCCAUAUAAGCAUUUAUUUGCAGUUGAAGCUACAUCGAUUAAUCCAAACCGGAGAACAAAUUCUGUGUUUCUUGUACAUAGACUGAAACUUCUCUUGGAGAAACUUGCCUCCAUCAACUUAAAGGGUCUCAGUCAUCAGGAGAAGCUUGCUUUCUGGAUUAACAUGUACAAUUCAUGCAUGAUGAAUGCAUUUCUCGAGAAUGGAAUACCAGACAGUCCUGACAUGGUUGUUGAAUUGAUGCAGAAGGCAACAAUAAAUGUUGGGGGGCACUUGCUAAAUGCAAUCACCAUCGAGCAUUUCAUCCUGAGACUGCCUUACCACUCCAAAUAUUCCUUGGGAAAAGUUGCCAGAAACGAUGAGAUGACGACAUGUGGUGCCUUUGCACUGGAGCUAUCUGAACCAUUGGUAACAUUUGCACUCUCUUGUGGAAGCUGGUCCUCCCCCGCUGUGAGAGUGUACACAGCAUCUCAGGUAGAAAACGAAUUGGAAGUUGCGAAAAGGGAGUAUUUAGAGGCAACGGUUGGCAUUUCAACAAGAAGGAAGUUGUUAGGGAUCCCAAAACUCUUGGAUUGGUAUCUACUUGAUUUUGCAAAGGACUUGGACUCAUUGCUUGAUUGGAUAUGCCUUCAGCUACCGAGUGAACUCGGAAAAGAAGCAAUGAAGUGUCUUGAGAGAGGAAAAGAUGAGCCUCUUUCGCAGAUUGUUCGCGUUAUGCCAUAUGAAUUUACUUUCAGAUACCUCUUACAUGUGUAAAUAUAUUUGUGAUUUAUUUGAUGUCUUAUGUACCCAGUUUUGAGGGGGUUUUUUUUUUUUUGGAGGUUUGGGAUUUGUACACAACUAUAGAAAUGGGAAAUGGUAUAGUAUGCUGUUAUUGUUGUC